AGGGCGGAUCUCGCGGUUGCUGCUGGGAGCCGACUCACACGUGUCUGUGCAGCGCGGCUCGGUGCGUCCUCAAUCGCCUCUCCCCGAAUCCCGGCCCCGCCAUGCUGGUGCUGUUUGAGACCGCGGCGGGUUACGCCAUAUUUAAGGUUCUAGAUGAGAGUAAAUUGCAAGAAGUUGACAGUAUAUGGAAGGAAUUUGAAACGCCGGAGAAAGCAAAUAAAAUAGUGAAAUUAAAACACUUUGAGAAGUUCCAGGACACCACAGAAGCUUUAGCAGCAUCCACCGCAUUGAUUGAAGGGAAGCUGAGCAAGAACUUGAAGAAAGUCCUGAAAAAACUCGCAGCCAAAGAUGCCCACGAGCAACUGGCGAUUGCGGAUGCCAAGCUUGGUGGGGUUAUCAAGGAAAAAGCCAACCUCAGCUGUGUUCACAGCGCCAUGGUCACCGAACUGAUGAGAGGCAUCCGUAAUCAGAUAGAUGGACUGAUCACAGGACUUUCGUCUCGUGAGAUGGCUGCCAUGUCACUGGGUUUGGCUCACAGUCUGUCUCGAUACAAGCUGAAGUUCAGUCCUGAUAAGGUGGACACAAUGAUAGUUCAAGCGAUAUCUCUUUUGGACGAUCUGGAUAAGGAGCUGAACAACUACGUGAUGCGGUGCAGAGAGUGGUACGGAUGGCAUUUUCCUGAACUGGGCAAGAUCAUCACAGAUAACUUGGCCUUUUGCAAGUGUGUUCGUGCAGUUGGGGACAGAGUCAACUUUUCGAGUUUCGACCUGAGUGAUUUUCUCCCAGAAGAGGUGGAAGCAGAGGUGAAGGCAGCUGCAGAGAUCUCCAUGGGAACAGAAGUGUCAGAAGAAGACAUAACCAACAUCUUGCACUUGUGUGACCAGGUGAUAGAGAUCACAGAGUACAGGUCGCAGCUGUAUGACUAUCUAAAGAACAGAAUGAUGGCCAUUGCACCCAACCUCACACUGCUAGUUGGAGAACUAGUUGGCGCCAGGCUCAUUUCCCACGCUGGCUCACUGUUGAAUUUGGCUAAGCAUCCUGCGUCAACUGUGCAGAUCUUGGGUGCAGAAAAGGCGCUAUUCAGAGCUCUGAAGACUAAACGAGACACUCCCAAAUAUGGUCUAAUCUAUCAUGCUUCGCUGGUUGGCCAGACUACCCCUAAAAACAAGGGCAAGAUCUCCCGUAUGUUGGCUGCCAAGGCAUCUCUUGCCAUUCGAUACGACGCUCUUGGAGAGGACACAAAUGUAGACUUGGGUGUAGAGACCAGAGCGAAGCUAGAAUUGCGUCUCCGACAACUGGAAGAAAGAGGACUCAAACGAAUCAGUGGCACCGGAAAAGCACUUGCCAGAGCCGACAAGUACCAGCAUAAGAGUGAAGUUAGAACCUAUGAUCCAUCUGGUGACUCGACAUUGCCCGCUGUCCCAAAGAAACGCAAGUUUGAAGAGGUGGAACAGGAGGAAGAGCCACCAACUGAGAUCAAAGUAAAAAAGGCAAAAAAGCCCAAAGUGGAAGUAGUGGAAGAAGUUGAAGAAGAAACGGUGGAAGAGGCACCAAAGAAGAAGAAGAAGAAAAAGAAGAUUAAAACUGAGGAGGAAGAAGAAGCUGUAGUGGAGGUGAUGGAAGAAGAGGAAGAGCCUACAACCAGCACAGCUGCAGAGACUCCCAAAAAGAAAAAGAAGAAGAAGAAGAAGAUUAAACAGGAGGAAGAGGAAGAGGAUUAGAGGAUGAAAUGGCGAUUAUGAACUGUUUAAAAAGACUCAAAUCUUGUUGUUUUUCUAAAUCCACGUGCAGAAAUACCCCCGGGUCAUGAGUGGUGGCCCUGUUUAGGUUCCUUGAAAAUGCGGCUUAUAAUCCAACAUCCCUGGACCAGAAUUUCACGAUUUGCUACUUUACUUAUUUAAGUGGCAAAUCUUAUAGCUGUUUUGAUUUUCUCUUUGAGAAAUGUAUUGAUUCGCUGUGUUUCUACACCAGAAGUGGACAAAGAAACUACAUUUCUAAACCCCUAUUUUUAUUUCCUUAAAUCAAGGUUUAAUCUUUAAUUUGUGUAUAGACAUUUG